AAAGCUUUCAUUGAAUUGCUUUCCUCCUUCGGAAUCAUUCACCUCGCUGCUAAGCGAGCGAACCGAGCGAGCCAUGGAGUCGACCCCUGUGUCGCUUUGCUCACCACGUUCCCAAAGUCCCGAAAGCCACGAAGUGCCCUUUGAGUGGCAGCUGCAGGAGAGUCAAAAGCACGAGCUCGUGGGACGAGCUCUUCAGCUUCGGAGUGGCGAAGAAUGGGAAGAGCUCUUCCGAUCCAUCUUGGCGACGAGAGGAGUUCAGCGCAACAUCCGAUUUCUGGAAAUGUCUGGCAGAGAAACUGAAGUAAAAGUUCAACCACACUGGAGGCUUGCGGAAAGCGUUUAUCCUCUACUAGAGGACGCCUUGGGGCCGGUGACUCCUGGAAUGGUUCGGCGGAUUUGCUGCUAUGUGGGCACGACAGAAAUACCCGGCAGCAGCAUGGUGGCCAUGUUGCCAGAUGAGGUGACCAUUGUUUGCAAGGAAGAGUCUCCAACCACCACAGAAGACUCUGAGUACGACUCUGACUACUGAAGCUUUCCCAUCCCAACAGCUCCAGACUCCAGACAGUGUAUGGCUAUGGAUUCUGUUGCAUCAUCAACCUCCACUGCCACAGUGUGGAAGAUGCAAGACGUCGCGAAGCCACGCUGUUUCACUCUGCUUCCAAAGAGCCUCAGGCUGCGACGUCUUACCAAAAAAGUGA